CAAUUUAAAUUGGGGCAAUGGCAUAUGUGGAAUCGCUGCUGCACAAGUGCACCUCUUUCCCACACAUUCAACAACUCCACGCCCACCUCCUAAUCACCGGCCUUUUCCACUUGCACAUUUCCCGCUCAAAGUUCCUCGAUUUCUGCGCCACCUCCGUCAACCUCCCCUACGCCGCCGCCGUCUUCCGCUCCGUCCCCCUCCCUCUCACCAACGACUGGAAUGCGAUCAUCCGAGGCCACGCCCAGAGCCACCACCCCAUCAAUGCCGUCACGUGCUACCUCUCCAUGUCACGUGCCCCCUGCAAGCCCGAUGCUCUCACGUGCUCCUUCUUCCUCAAGGCCUGCGCCCGCGCCUUGGCCCGAAUCGAAUCUCUCCAAAUGCACUCGCAAGUUCUGAAAUCUGGGUUCGACGCAGAUGUGUUGCUGCAGACCACAUUGCUCGAUGUAUACGCCAAGUGUGGGGAUUUGGACAACAGCUGCAAGCUGUUCGACGAAAUGUCCAAGAGGGAUAUCGCUAGUUGGAACGCUUUGAUUUCUGGGCUGGCGCAGGGUAACCGCCCCUACGAAGCUUUGAAGCUGUUCAAUAGAAUGAGGGAAGGCGGCAAUGAUGGUCGAGGCCUAAUGACACCUAAUGAGGUCACUGUUCUUGGCGCUCUCUCAGCCUGCUCUCAGCUCGGUGCAAUUAAAGAAGGUGAUAAAGUGUACGAAUAUAUUCGUAAAAGUUUCUUGGAUGAUAAUGUGAUAGUAUGCAAUGCUGUUAUUGAUAUGUACGCGAAGUGUGGGGCGGUGGAGAAAGCGUAUACCGUGUUUCAGGGCAUGAAUUGUUCCAAGAGUAUAAUCACAUGGAACACCAUGAUUAUGGGGUUUGCAAUGGAUGGCAAUGGAGUGAAAGCACUUCAACUUUUUAACCGCAUGGCAUGGCCAAUGCCAGAUGGUGUCACCUAUUUGGCCGCCUUAUGCGCGUGUAACCACACGGGAUUGGUCGAUGAAGGGGUGAGGCUUUUUGAGCUAAUGGAUAAAAACGGGGUUAGCAAAAACGUGAAGCAUUACGGGAGUGUGGUGGACUUGUUGGGAAGAGCAGGGAGAUUAGACGAGGCAUACAAGAUCAUAGAAUCUAUGCCUAUGUUUCCAGAUGUUGUGCUAUGGCAAACUCUCUUAGGUGCCUCCAAAACAUACGGUAAUGUAGAAAUGGCGGAAAAAGCAUCAAGAAAGCUCGUUGAAAUGGGAUCAAGUACUUGCGGGGAUUUCGUGUUAUUAUCGAACGUAUAUGCUGCACACGAGAGGUGGAAUGAUGUGGGCAGAGUGAGAGAUGCAAUGAAGACUAGGGAUGUCAAGAAAGUUCCGGGAUUUAGCUACACUGAGAUGAACGGUGCAAUAUAUCAGUUCUUUAAUGGCGAUAAAAGCCACCCUCUUUGGAGAGAGAUUUAUGCGAAAUUAGAAGAGAUUGGUUUUAGGAUUAGGGAAUUUGGGUACGAGGCCGAGACUAAUUACGUGUUGCAUGAUAUAGGGCAUGAAGAGAAGGAGAAUGCGUUGUCUCAUCAUAGUGAGAAAUUGGCUGUGGCUUUUGGUUUGAUUAGUACCGAUGAGAACAGCCCCAUAAAUGUUAAUAAGAAUCUUAGGAUAUGUGGAGAUUGCCAUGCGGUAAUAAAGCUUAUUUCGAAGUUGUAUAAUCGGGAAAUUAUUGUGAGGGAUCGCACUCGGUUUCACAGGUUUAAAGAGGGGUCUUGUUCCUGCAGAGAUUAUUGGUGACAACCUAACUUUACUUUACCAGUUAGUGUUAUUUACCAUUUGUAUACUAGUGCUAUUUGUAUUGUUGCCAGGUUUCGGUUUUGUCAGUUGGAUUUCCAAUUUUAUCGACAGCAAUUUGUAUGCUGGUGACUAAAAACUGAUGCUUAUACACUGAAAUAUUUCACCUCCAAUUCUGCAAAGGUAAACAUUACAUAUUUCACAACAGAUUGUAAUUUUACCAGGAUGUGAGCAAAUCUGCUAACAAUAAAUAAGAUAGAUACCACUGAACAAAAUCAUUGGCCAGUUAAUGAAUAAAUAUGACAAAUAAACUACACACCCAACGGUCAUAACUCGGCACAGAAAAAAAA